AUGAGUCCAUCAACUUAUCUGGAGGAUGAAAGUUCUGAUGGUGCUGCAUUUGUGCCUUCACUGGUUGGGCCAGAGAAAGACGUAGAAAAGGCCGAAGUUGAAGAGGAUCCUAACAUUGAUGGAGGUUAUGCAUAUUUUAUUAUUUUGGCGUCUUUCUUGUUGAAUUUUUGUACAUGGGGCAUGAACUCUGGAUUCGCUAUUUAUUUUGCAUAUUAUUUGAAUAAUGAUACCUUCGAAGGUGCCACUAAAAUAGAUUACAGUUAUAUUGGAGGUAUGGCGUUUGGAGUUGGGUUAUUUUUUGCUCCGGUAAUUAAUUAUAUACAAGGCUUGAUAGGUACACGGCCAACUAUUAUAGUGGGUAAUUGUCUUCAAUUUACUGCCCUAAUGUUGGCGUCCUGGUCUCGCUCUCUAUGGCAACUUUAUCUAACUCAAGGUUUAAUGCAGAGUUUUGGAUUGGCUUUCAUAUCGUUGCCGUCUCUUAGUCUUUUACCCCAGUGGUUCAAGAAGAAAAGGACGUUUGCAAGUGGGCUCGCGACAGCAGGUUCGGGAGCUGGAGGUGUUGUAUUUAAUUUAGGGAUGCAAAAAGUGUUGUCAAGUCGUUCGGUGUUUUGGGCACUUCGUUGUCAGAGCAUUAUAGGUUUUGGUGUAGCAUGGAUUGCGAUUUUAAUGAUCAGAACUAGAACUAAGCAGCAUCACAUUGAAUUUUCAGUUUGGGACUCUCAAUGCGUCUCCUGUGGUGGUUUCUGGUUGCUUGCAUUUUAUCUAAUUACGUGUAUGUUUGGUUAUGUGAUUUUACUUUAUACAUUAGCUAACUUCACGACUAGCUUGGGAUAUUCAGAAUACCAAGGGUCUAUUGUAUCAGCUAUGGUUCAAGUUGGAAGCGUACUUGGAAGACCCAUUGUGGGUCUAGCAUCGGACAAGUUAGGACCAUGUACUGUUGCAAGCUCGUGCUACUACAUAGUUGCCAUAUUCUGUCUUGCAAUGUGGAUUCCAGCUAGAAAUUACGCUACUGUCAUUAUAUUUGCGCUAAUCGAAGGAAGCCUUAUGGGAACUGUGUAUGGGACCCUUGCUCCAAUAGUUGCCCAUUUAGUUGGCAUGCCAAAGCUCAAUGUCACAUUUUGUAUGUUGUGGCUCUUCGUUGGUGCUGCAGGUGUCUUUUCACCAGUUAUUGGUGUUAAGUUAACGGCUGGAGCUGGAAAUGAGAUUGACCCUACUAGGUAUAGAAAUUGUUCCAUUUUUGCUGGGGUCGCAUUCUUUGCAUGCGCUACAUCUAUGCUUCUUUUACGUGGUUUUCUCAAGGCUCGUGAGGAGCUCAUUGAAAGUGAAAAAGAUGCUGAUGAAGGUGGCCAACUAUAUGUAUUUGUUAAGCCGACUUCUAUGUUAAGAGGUUGCUUUAAAAGGACAAAUACACCUGCAUGA